AGCUUGCUUGACACUUGAUCAGGAGCUUCAUUUAAUUGUAGCUAGAAAUGACUCCUGGCAUGCUCAAUCUCUGUGUGCAGCUCGCCCUCGUCCUGGCUCUGUCAGUCUCCACGCACGGGGCUAGCGCCGCCGACUACUGCGACCCUACCACCGGCUUCGUCACCGUGCCGCUCAACGACACGCAGCUCCCGGUGCAGAGUCCGUACGACCUGCCGCUGAAUCAACGGUACGAGUUCGUGAACAGCAUGCGGCGGCUGUGGGUGUACUGCAGCGACAAGCCUCACAGCACCACCAGCCACACCAAGCCUCGAACAGAGAUCCGCAUGCAAACGUACAGCUCCGGCGUGUGGCAGUUCGAAGGCUACGCCUACGUCCCCGGCGGCACCUCCGGGGUGUCCAUCAUGCAGGUGUUCGGCGCGGCGAAGCACGCGACGACGCUGAUGCUGCACGUCUACAACGGCGCGCUGCGGUACUACGACAUGCAGGUCGUCGAGGGCGGCAUCUACGACCGGUGGUUCCGGCUCAACGUGAUCCACGACGUCGGCGGCAACGGGACGCUGGCCGUGUUCAUCGACGGCGAGGAGCGGCUGCGCGUGGCGGGGCGUGGCGGCCACGAGCACUACUUCAAGUUCGGAGUGUACGCGCAGAGCAACCCCUCGCACUACAUGGAGUCGCGAUGGAGGGACGUCAGGCUCUUCACCAAGCCUGCUUACUGAAGCAACAAGAAGAUAAGAAGAUAGUGGUAGAUAAGAUUGUCCUGAUGCUGAAUGAAUCUUGCCCUGCACUUCUGCUAGUGCUAGAUAGGAUUAUUGUUGAAUCCACAUGUAUUAGUUGCUCUUCAGACCAAUGGAACGAUGUACGAGUCUGUGAAUUGUCGGAAGAAAGUUUUUCAAAAGUUCAAACUGAUGAAAAGAGGCUAUGCAAAAGUUUAUUUCAA